CUCUUUUUCUUUCCCCCUCCCCUUGAACUAACCAUGGUAGAGCGGGCCGGGAGUUCCUCAGAGUCUCUUCGCUAUGCUGAGUACAUAGCCCGAAGCGGCGGCGGUCAAGGGCCGGACAUCAACCAUGGGCUGGCCAGAUCUGUAAUAGGAGUUGGUCUUGGCAUAGCAGCCAUUGCUUUUGGAGGUCGUUAUGCAUUCCAGCUCUGGAAACCGCUAGAACAAAUCAUCACAGAGGCAGCAAGAAAAAUUUCAACUACUGCCCUUCCUUCCUAUUACAGAGGUGGAUUUGAACCGAAAAUGAAUGUUCGAGAAGCUAGUCUUAUUUUAGGUAUAAGUCCGUCUGCUGGCAAGGCCAAGAUUAGAAAUGCUCACAGGCGAAUCAUGAUUUUGAACCAUCCGGAUAAAGGUGGUUCGCCAUACUUGGCCACAAAAAUCAACGAAGCAAAGGAUCUCCUGGAAUCAAGCAGGAAACAUUAGAGCCUUUCACCACAUGUCAGAAACCCUAAGAGGCCACACAACAGCUUUGUGCUUUCUCAUUUGUAUUGGACCACAAUAUGGAAACCAGGCUUUGGUUUGUUAAUAAAGUUUCAACAAUA